UCCCACACUCGCACACUACACGUACACGCUCAACGAUUUCCAGAGAGAGUUUUCGGGUUUUUGUUUGGUUUUAUUUGAUUGCAACUCGAAUUAAAGGCCAGCGGCGGGCGCAGCGCUCAACAAUAUAAUUGCGAGUCGAGUGGCCGAGGUCGAUAAGAAACAGGGAAAAGCUCUAGCCGACUCGAAGCUCAGAAGACUGGACUUCAGAACUCGAACUUUGUCACCCAGCAGCGCAUCCGAAACGACGUCCAAAAUUUAUGAAUGCCCAUCAGGCGGAAUCAAUAGCGAACGACGACAAAAGGGGCCCGAAAAUCCGUUUGCAACACCGCGGAUUGCACACAAUAAUUAGGCAUGGCGGCGAUCGAGGAGCGUUUCCAGGCGGCGGUCAACGUGAUCAAGGGUCUGCCCAAAAAUGGACCCUAUCAACCCAGCACCAGCAUGAUGCUCAAGUUCUACGGGCUCUUUAAGCAGGCCACCGAAGGAGGCUGUGAUCAAAAGAAGCCCGGUUUCUGGGACAUCGUGGGAAAAGCAAAGUGGGACGCCUGGAAUGACAACCGGCACUUGAGCAAGGAGCAGGCCAUGCAGCGCUAUGUGGAGAGCCUGCAGGAGAUUAUAGAGACCAUGUCCUUUACGGAGAAUGUGCAGAACUUCGUGGGCAGCCUGGACGGUCUGGGAAACAUAAGCCUCGAUGAGCUGGAGCUGGUUUCCCCUGGCAUGCGGGAACUGGCCGAGUCGCAUCCUAACUCGCCCUUCCACUCGCGUACCAACAGCCCGCAGCACGGAUCCAGUUGCAAUGGUGAGGAGGAAGAGGAAGUAGCUGCUGCAGCGCCGCUGGCUUCGUCUGAAACGAUAAAGGAGAAUGGUCACAGUUCCGCAGUUCCCCUGACCAACGGCUAUGGUCCCAAGUCCUCGAACUACAACUCACAGCACGACCCAACGCACAACUAUACAAGCAACAGCAGCGUGGCCAUUGUGGAGCCCUCUGACGACGAGUACGAUGACCCCUACGACCUUAGCCACGAAUUGACCCAGGCGAUUGCUCAAAACACGGACCUGCUGCAACAAAUCCAGGCGGCCAUCACCCGGAUGAACAGCGAUGUGGGUGCCGUGCAGCAAAGGGUUCGCAGCCUGGAGCAGUCUGUAAAUGAACUGCGUGCUGGACAGAAAGCUGCCAAGGGAGCAGCGGCACAACAGCGAUCACUGCCCGCCUGGUGGCCCUUCAGGAACAUCUCCCCACUCUGGUUCGCCGUCCUCGUCCUGUGGCCUUUCCUCGUGCGACGCUUUGCAAGGAUUCUGCAGUCCACUCCGCAGCGCAGACACUGACGACGCGGAGCUACGAUGGCGGAGGGAGGAAUAUGUGGUAGUUAAAUUUUAACUUUGGUUACGGGCACGAGCUUGGUCUUUAGCUUUCUUCUAUCCUGGAAAGCGCUUCAGUUAUUGUACAGAGUUGGCCUUAUUUAUACUCUUCUAACCCCAGGGUUAUCCAGUUGCAAUAUCUUUACCCUCUUUUUAUACGUCUGUAUGUAUAUUGAAUGUAUAUUUAUUUUGUACACAAAAAUCGCGACCUUUUUUGUCACAUUCCCCCAUCUGAUUUAGUUUUAAGUCGAAUGUUUUUGGCACUUUUGUCUAGCAGGAGGCGAGUUUUAGCUUCCUAAAAGCGCCGGCCUGCUAAAAUACGGUUGUAAGCGUAUACUUUAUUGUGCAUUAAUUUGUUAUUAAUUAUAAUUUUGUAAUAAAGUCAUACUUGAACGAA